UUUCUAGGCUGCGGAGGACUCCGGAGGGCGCCUCGCUGGUGGCGGGGUCGGUCAUGGGGACCGUGCGCAAAGCGCUGAUCGUGGGCGCAGUGCUGGGCGCUGGGGCUGGUGUGGGCUCCGCGCUCUUUGUCCUCGUGACCCCGGGAGAGCAGCAGAAGCAGGCGAUGCUGAAGGAGAUGCCGGAGCAGGACCCUCGGCGCAGGGAUGAGGCGGCCAGGACCAAACAGUUAGUGUUCGCCACUCUGCAGGAGGCAGCGACCACGCAGGAGAACGUGGCCUGGAGAAAGAACUGGAAUGACGGCGGCGGCGGGAGGUCAGGGUGACCCGGAACUUGCCCCCGUGGGCGCUGGGACCCCCUCUCCGGCGCAGGAGUCCGAGGCGGUCCUUCACUUCCGUGGGCCUGGCGGGGAGUCCGGACCCGGGAUGCCACGCGGGGUCGGGGUGCUGCCGCCGGGUGAGCACUUCCCCCCGGCAACCUUGCACCGACUGCGCUUUAACGCCCACAUCGCGGGCCGGGGCGUCGGAUGUGGCGAACUGAAGGAACCAAUAAAUCACGUUCUUCUGUCAAGUCAGCCCCGCGGUCGGACGCCUAUAAAUGCCUAGAGUUUUCUGGGGGUCGGUGCUGCGGGCGGGGAUUACCGUGGCUCCCACCUGUCCGGCCUCGGAAGCUGAAGCCCAAUAGGCAUAGCGACCACGUUUUCAAAACACAGGUCACGUGGUCUGUUUGAAGGUACUUCAGGGGAUAACCAAGCGACAUUCUUGAAAUCGAAACUAUCCUGGAAAGUCUUGUAGCAAUAGAUGCCCUUAGAGAACACUUCUGGUUCCCGUCUUCGACUGAGGUUAGAGAGGGGCUUCUAGCACUUAACAUGUGCCACUAUGCCUCCUGGGGCCGUUAUUCAACCUUUGGAGGCCCACUUGCUAGGAGUAGUAAUGAAAGGAACGUGCUUUGCGUCAGACAGAUCUUGAUUCAACUCCUGCAUGUUACAAAACCUCUCUGAGCCUCAGUCCUGUUCUACAAAAGGUGAUAAUUAUCUUGAUGGUUGUUGUAAAAAGAUUAAUUUAGAAAUGUCAAGUGCAGUGCCUGGGACAGAGCAACCUGGCAGUAAAUAUAGUGGAGUUUUUCCUCAACGUUUGGUCUGCAGUCUUUUCAAUCUCUGAAUCCAGUCAGAGGAUCUACUGGAGAUGCACUGAAGGGAUGAGAAAAAGCUGUCACUGGGGUCACAGACCCACAACCAGGUCAACCAAUUCACUUCCCUUUUGUCUAUUUUAUAUCCUGUGGUUCCAAGCAAGAUUGUAAUGGGAAAAAAAAAAAGGCUGUUUUUAUUAAAGCCAGAACACUAAAUAAAGCUGGUAACACUGAGGUGUAUACUCAGA